AUGGCUGGAGUUCGUCUGUACAAUCUUUACGUACUCACAGUCUUGGGAUUGGGUGGCUUCACCUAUGGAUUCGGAUUCUCAGUUUUCGUGACUGCGGUGGGUCAACCAGGCUUUUAUAGCUACUUCAAACUCGACCCUGCUAGCACGUACGCUGCCAACAUUAUUGGGGCUGUAAAUGCCUUGUUCACGGCCGGAGCAGCAUUUGGCAGUCUGGCACAACCUCCUAUUGCUGACCGCUAUGGCCGGAGGAUGGCUCUCGCAACCGCAUCGCUGUGUUCUCUGAUUGGCGGUGCUCUUGCUGCAGGCUCCGUUCAUAUCGCCAUGCUUAUUGUGGUCCGCAUCACGCAAGGCUUUGGGCUGGGUAUGCUGCUCGCACUGGUCCCACUUUAUCUUUCCGAAAUUGCGGCUCCUCGACAGAGAGGUUUGGUCACCGGCGUGACUGUGCUGAGCUUCGGCACGGGGUUCUCUGUCUGCGCAUGGAUUGCCGUAGGAACCUAUUACGCAAAUCAGACAGUACAGUGGCGUGUUCCCCUGGCUCUUGCAUGCGCUUCACCACUCUUGAUGCUGAUUGCGUUGCUGACAAUACCAGAAACACCACGAUACCUCAUUUGGAAUGGUCGCAAAGAACAGGCUUGGAGCGUCCUUCGCCGACUGCACCAUGACCCAAACGACCCCGAAGCUCGUGCAGCAAACGCAGAGUUUACCCAGAUUGUGCUGCAAGUCGAGCAUGACAAAGAGAAUGGUGGCGGAUUUGUUCAGUUAUUCAAAAAACCGACGCUCAGGAAGCGAGCUCUGCUGGUAAUCUUCGCGACGUAUGUCUUGAGGGAGUCCUACCCUUGGUUAUGUACGGUAAGGAUUAGCAAACCCCAACUCUACUCUAUCUAUGGUCCCAAGCCAACAUGCCUUGCAGGUGUUUGGACCACGAUUGGCACUCUAGGUGUUGCUCUCGCCAUCUCCAUCGUCGAUAGAGUUGGAAGGAGGAUCAUGCUUGUUGUCGGCUAUCCGCUUAUGGCAGUCCUUCUGCUGAGCGAAUCCCUGCUUCAGAAUAGGUACCUUGGCAGCAACGACCGCGGUGGUCUUGCUGCUUGCCUUCUCUUCCUCCUGAUGUUCAUCGUCACCUAUCAGUGCGUGGACGCUCCGACCAUCAUUUGGAUCGCUGAGAUAUGGCCAAUAGCGUAUCGAGCAAAGGGCAUCAGCCUUGGUCUUUGUUCCUACUUCGUGGCUUCGCUCACGUACACAACACCGAGUGCCCUUGCAUUCAAAAACAUCGGUUGGCACAUGUAUCUAUUAUAUAUGGGCCUAUGUGUUAUCUGCUUCGUAAUUGUCUACUUUUUCAUCCAAGAAACUAAAGAUCUGCCCAUGGAAGAACUGGCUGCGCUUUUUGGUGACGAAGUUGUGGUGCAUAUCACCAAGGAUGGAAAGGCGAUCACGGAGGAUAAAGAACUCGACAAUAUCGUGAAAUCACAACUCGAGCAAGUCCAUGCAGAAGACUUAAAAACAAAAAGAACAGCGGUCGCAGAUGAGACUGGUGCUCGUCACAUCGAGUCGGCCUAA